UUACGAGAACAGAAAAUCAAGAAAAUAAAAAAGUAAAAGCACAAAACCGAGAGAGAAGCCCUAGAGUGUUUUUGCACCUUUUAUGGCCACCACAGUAAAGAUUUUGUAUAUGGUAGAAUAGGGUGAUCAAUUUUCCCUCCAAAAACAAACCGCAUUCCUCGCAUCUCUCUCUAUUUUCCCUCCACUUCUCCAACCCUAAUUUUAUUUUCUCUCUCAUCUGUAUCUUCCGUUCACCCAAUAACACGACAAUCUUCAUCCACUUCGCCUCAUUAGUAUGUAAUUAAGUUGGGAGCACUUGGUGGUGGUGGUGAUGAUGAGAUGAAACCGAAUAAGAUGAAUUUAGCUGUGGAUCUUAGUGAGAACGAUACUCAGACCUUUGACAGUCAGUUUUCUCCAGUUUCAGUAUCUGGUGAGGAUUUCAAAGGUCAGGAUGUUGAUGAGUUACAGUUUCUACAAAAGUCUGUGCCUUUUGAUGAUACUAUUCGACUUGAGAACACAUUUGAGACCCAGGUGGUGAAUCUUGGUGGUGAAACCCAAGUUUUGGAUGAUCCAGACUGCGUCGAGAAUAUGGACACCCAGUUGUUAUUUGAGUGCAAUGAAGGUAUUGUCGAUAGUGAUGGUGAGGGAACUGAUAGAACUGAAGUUUUGGAUGAUACUGAUGAGGUGUCUGAUGGCGACUCUUUGAAAAAAUUUGGCAAUCAUCCAGUUGAUUUGGCAAAUAUGCUACAUGGCACUCUUUGCAAAAAAGGUGAUCAGGGAUUUAAAGUUGAAUCAAAUGCUUUAAGUAAUGAGCAAUGUGGUUCAGGUGAGAGAUUUGAAGGUGAGGAUGUUGAUGAGUUACAAUUUCUACAAAGUGCUGUCCCUUUUGAUGAUACUGUUCCACUCGAAGAUGCAUCUGAGACCCAGAUGAUGAACCUUGGUGGUGAAACCCAAGCAUUGGAUGGUCCUUGUGUUGAGGACAUGGGCACCCAGUUGUUAGUUGAGUGCGGUAAUGAAGUUGUUGACGAUAGUGAUGGUGAAGCAACAACUGGAACUGAAGUUUUGGGUAAUCAGGAAUUAUCUGAUAAUGACUCUGUUAAAAGAGUUCACAAUGAUCCAGUGGACCCAGAGAAUAUCCUAUACACCACUCUUUGCAAACAAAAUAAUCGGGGAUUUAAAGCAGAGUCAGAUGCUUAUAAUGAGCUGCGCAGUUCAGAACUCAAUGUGUCUACCGCAACACCACUGGACAUAGACACUGGAGGACCAAAAGCAGGAUCUGUUAGAAAGGGUUUUACUUCAGUUCGUGCAGCUUCUUUACGGGCCUCUGGUUUGGCAGCUCGUAGAAAGUCUUUUGAGGGAACCAAUAGUGGGUCAUGUUCCAUUGGGAGCGAGUAUCAGUCUGUAAAAGAACAUAUCUUUGAGGAUGAUGGUGUACCUAGAGAUUCAUUUCAAUUUGGGGAACCAGUUAAUCAGGAACAUAUUUUAGGGGACUACAAUGAACAAAUGAUGGGAUUUAGAAAUGAAAACAAGUGCAGGCUGGGUAGUUCAACAGUUAGGAAACUUUUCACAGAGGAUACACUUGCUGAGAUCAAGGAACCUAAUGGUCACAUCUAUAAUGCCGCUGGAGGAGCAGACUUACCUCAGUUGCUUGCUUGCGAUAAAGAGUUGGCAGGAUUGAGCUAUGUUGACUCUCAAGAACCUGGAGAGUCAUCGCAAGCGAAUGCACUUGAUUUCGUGGACAGGUUUCUGAAGUUCAGCGUUACAGAGUUUGAUCAAGAAGCUCACCAUGGAAAGUCCACCGGUGAUAAAUCAAAGCAUGUCUCUAGUGCAAAAGGAACUCAGUGUGUGGCCAGGAGAGCUAAUUGUAAAAGCACAGUUAGUAGGAUUUUUGAUUGGGAUGAUAACCUUGAGGAUGAAAGAGGAGGAGACUUUUUCAGCAAAAUGAAGGAAUCAUUCUUUGAUAAUGGAGAUCAGAGCCAGAGAUCUUUUACCAAAACUCGGAAGCUCAGGCGUCCUGACUCCAAAAGAAGUGGGGCAGUUAAUGAGUCCAGAGACAAGGAAGAGCUACUAGACACCCAUGAAAAAAUUGUUGGUAUAUUUCAUUCAGAUUCAAGGUUAGAAUUUCAUAAUGAAAAAGGUAUUGAUACAACAGCAAAGCUAACUAGAACAAAAGUUCGAAAGAAUCUUAUCAAGGCGGCGGAUGAACAGCUAAACAUAGGUUCCUCAGAUGCAUUGGAGGCUACUGGUAUUCAAACGGAUAUGCUAGACAUGCUGAAUGUAGGAUUUGAUACUCAAAUGGCUGCUGAAGCAAUGGAAGCCUUGUGCCACAGGGUGGACAUUUCUGAUUGUGACCGCAGUGAUGCUAAUCAAGGUGCCAAAAGCAUGUCCAAUGAUUCUCUUAAUGGAGGAAAAAAGAAUAGAGCACAUUUUAAGCAUAAUUUUCUUCAGAAGAAAGAGAGUUCUUCUAAUUGCAGAGUUGUUGCAAGACAGCCCAAGCAAACAAAUAGGAUUGAUGCCAAACAGAGCAAAGACUCCCCUGUUUCAUCGCGCAAACAUUCUCAGAAGGUCAAGAAGCCAUCCGAUAUAGAUCUGGUAAGCACCAAACUGAAGAAGGCCAAGUGUAAUGCUGAAGAACUCCUUGCCACCAAUAAUUGCUGGGACAACAGACCUUCUGAAGUUGUUAAGAAAGGAAAGGGAAAAAAAUCUCUAAAACUAAAUGACAUUGAUGAGUCUGAUAAAUGUCACGUUACUGCAUCAUCAAGUGGGCGUAUGUCAGUCAAGAAACAGGAUUUGCAAGAACAACUUGGUACUUUUACACCCAUAGCUUGUCGAACCAGGCAGUGCAAGAAAGCAAUAACCCAGGCUGGAAAUGCAUCAACUGAUGUUAGAGAAGGGAUUAAUGAUCUGACUGAAGUUGCUGCCCUCAAAGGCAAAAGAAAAAGGAGUAGUAAAGGUGUUGAUUCUUUUGAGGUCUUAAAUGAUACACAGAAAUUUUUUAGAUUGGGUUCCAUUCUAUCUGGAGAACUUGAAGAUGCCAAAUUGUCUGAGCACAAGCAGCCUGGGCCAAAGUUUACUGGUAAGGCUGCUGCUCUCAAAAUUGAUGAAUUGAGCUGUCUUAGAGGAAGAAGAACUCAUCGAAAGUUGUCAGGUCAGUUAAACAGAACUGCUAACCAACAUGGAUCAUCCAAACAAUGUGUUGGUAAAGAAGCUAAUGCACAAUCUAUUGAAAGGUUAAAAAGGUCAAAAACUGAUGCUAUAAGCACUUGCAUGGAUCUAAACAUAAAGAGGCAAACACGUUCAUCUACUCAUGCUGGUUCAGUUUUGUCUUCCUUGGACUUUCAGUCUGACCAAAGAUCUUUACAACAGAGUGUAGUUAGAGGACGUUCAGGGGAUGCUACCAUAAAUCAUAAUUCUGUUGAUAUAAAUGGGAACACGAUUCUGAAAGAUGUAGAUGGGGUUCAGGCAUCUCAGCAGGUUGACAGAAAGAGUGAUGCAGAUAAGUCAUCAUCUGCUGAUUGUGUUGGAGUCAAUGGGAGGUUAGAUACAUCGCCAAGAGAGGGAUGCAAACCAUCUGGGUCAGAAUGUGCUACUCCUGUUAAUUGUAGGACACCUAUAAUUGAGGCAUCACCUAUAUGUAUGGGUGAUGAGUAUCUUAAACAGUCGUGCAGGAAGAACCUGGCAAGAGCAUCCCUUAUGAAAGAGCUUGAUAGUUUAAUUGGCAAUGGAUUAGAAUGUACUUCUCCAUUCAAAGAUUCAAGGAAAAGGAGAGAUAUGGCUAAUAUUCGAGCUCUGUUCAGUCACCACUUGGAUGAUGAUACAAUCAAGCAGCAGAAAAAGAUUUUGGCCCGUUUAGGAGCUUCAAUAGCAUCAUCUAUUUCCGUUGCCACACACUUUAUAACAGAUAAAUUUGUGCGUACAAGAAAUAUGUUAGAAGCUAUUGCUUUUGGCAAACCAGUGGUGACACAUUUAUGGCUUGAGAGCUGUGGACAAGCUAGCUGCUUUAUUGAUGAGAAAAAUUACAUAUUGAGAGAUGCCAAAAAGGAAAAGGAGUUUGGUUUUAGCUUACCAGUUUCAUUGGCACGUGCAUGCCAGAGUCCACUUUUACAGGGGCAAAAAGUCUUGAUCACCCCAAAUACGAAGCCUGGUAAAGAGGUCCUAGCGAGUUUGGUUAAGGCAGUUCAUGGUCUGGCAGUGGAGAGAAUUGGCAGAUCUGCACUGAAGGAUGAUAGAAUUCCAGAUGAUUUGUUGGUUCUAUCUUGUGAAGAAGAUUAUGCAGUUUGUGUGCCAUUCCUCGAGAAAGGAGCAGCCGUUUACAGUUCAGAGCUGCUACUGAAUGGAAUAGUUACUCAGAAGCUGGAGUUUCAAAGACAUCGUCUCUUUGUGGAUCAUUUCAAGAGAACGCGAUCAACCAUAUGGCUAAAGAAGGACAGUAAUCAGUCUAUUCCGGUGACUAAACGUAAAUAAGAUAUUGUUAUUAUUUCCCCUUCAUGCGUUCUCUGUUCAGCUUUAGGCUUCUGGAGAUGUGUUUAAAUUAUGUCUUAGUUUUUUGUAACAAAGUUUUUUUUUUAAUUUUUUUUUUCUUGUAAAGAACAAUCCAAUGUACAUAUUUUUCUUUUUUACUCAUGAUUUGUUGCUUGGAUAUGCAAAAGAUAGUCUGGGCGUCUUGUUUAUUAUGAUCAUUUCUUUUUUCAGA